UCCGAUGCAUGUUAUUAUGCUGUGAUCGCCAUGUUGGCAAAGCUGUUGAUAGUGCUGUUGAGUUAUCUCCUUUUGGCCUUUCUUGUUGCUCGGAUCUUCGAAAUUUCAUCGACAUGGUUAAAAGCGGGGUGUUUAGCCAGUCAGCUUUUAAAUCCGUUCGCUCUAAGCGUGAGAAAACUGAAGGCGAUCUUGGAACAACGGGGCGUGAGUUACACUGGCUUGGUGGAGAAGAAAGAGCUUGCCGAGUUGGUUGAGGCUUGUGGUGCGGUGACGGAGGCUGAAAACUGCUCUCUUGUCACCGAAAAUUCUGGAGACGACAAAGAAGAAAGCGACGAGUUGCAGUUCACCGGAGCAUCUCACUUCUUUGAAGAAGUGGAAGACACGAAAGCGGGGACUUGGUUGGUUGAUGUCAUACCCCAGGGUCAUACUUCUCUGCUCCGUAGAAAGCAGUGGGUAGCGCUUAAAAGAAAGAUAUCUCGAUUUGGCAUUCGAAUAGGAACGUUUAAUUGUGAAAACGGCCUUAGACUGUGCAAAAAAUACGGCUGGCACGAGCCAUCCCUUGUCAUUUCAAUGCCCCAGGGAAAUCAACCCAAGGGUAACGUCAUUUUAAAAACAUACGAUUCGAAACCGUCGGUUGAACUUGUGUUUAAAUGGAUAAACACACAGCUGUCAUCCAAGAUUGCAAUGUUUGACAGCGUAGAAGAAUUUACUGGCACAUUUAAAGCAAGAUUGAAGGAAAAUCCCGUCUAUGUUGUGCUAUUUUCUACCUUGCCAGAUCCUCCUUUGUAUCUUGGUUCACUGUCAGUUCACUUCACAGGAAGGGUUCGAUUCGGACACGUACAUAUACACGAUUGGAUGACAAAAAGACAUAUCUUUAAGAAAUACAACAUGGAUAAUUUCCCUAGCCUUAUGAUAUUUACACCGGAGGGGAAUUUGACUUACGGCCACAGAAAAGGAGAAUGGAUAACAUACCGCCCGCUGGAUCUAUUUUUGAGAACGAUACAUCCAGAGGUGAAUGAUGUUUUUGUGACAGUUCUGCUGGUUGUGAAUAUGAGCUGUUUCAUGGGAUUGUUCCUAAUGAAUGGAGGUAUACUGAAAAGAUUGAUCCACUUUGUAUGGCUUCUGAUAUUCUACAACACCAGUCUAAUAAUACUGUGCCUGCCAGUUCUUGCACUGUUCCAACUGCCAUUCCUGACCCCAAUUCUGGAUUUGACUCUCAAGUACUGCAGAUAUGCCAUGACAUCUGAUGUUGCAGCCAUCCUGAGGGAUUACAUAUGUUUGGGUUUACAACACAGGGGGCUUGUAUUUGGUGGAUAUGUCAUGUAUGGCAUGCUGAUACGAUGGAUUCAAGUAAGGAUUAAUGGUUACUUUGGCCUGGAGAGUGAAAACAACAAUGUUACUUCAAUAUCUGAAUGGUUUGCUCAAGAUCUAUACUACCUAACAAAUGCUGUUCAAACAUUUCCCUCCCUGAGACAACCACGAGUUGACUACAGUGCCUCAGGUCUCGAAGAUGGAUUUGAGCUCCUUGUGCGACGCCUUGCUGUCCCUGAAUUGUGGCUUCGCCCAAUAAUUCCCACUGAAUAUAUCAACAGCCUGCCAGUGUGGAAGUUCUGCUGUUCUCAGGUAAACCAAUGCUGUGACACAAAACAUGAGGAUUGCACAAAAAAGCAUGUGAAGCACAGCACUUGCUGCCAAGAAUCUCCAAAACCAGCUGGAAUGCUAGUGGGACAUGACUGUGCAAUAUGUCUGGAGGACUUCAAAAAAGGAUGCUUUUUACUUGGUUUGCCCUGUGGUCAUUGUUACCAUCAAAAGUGUAUUGAAGUAUGGUUAUGCGGAGGACAUACCAGUGGUCAUUACUGUUGCCCUGUUUGUCGUUGGCCAGCUUACAAGCGAAAACCACUAGCACUGGAAACCAAUCUCUCAAGGGAUCAAUCUCAAAGAAACACCUAGCUGAAUUCAUCCUUUUACUGUGUUACCUUUAUGUUACAGUUGUCCUUAGAACUACAUUAACAACAUUAGUUAACAUGACAAAAACAAAAUUUUUAUUUCUGAUAAAUUUGUUUUAACCUCUAUUUUUCAGCACAAGGGUUGUAGAAGUAAUAUAUCAAACAUGAGAGACAGUGUUUCAUCUGGAUAUCCAAACACUGAGAAGAGAGUUGAAAAUACAA